CUGAGAGCUGUUUCAGUUUCAUUUCCUCGCUGGCUUGCCAUUGCUGUCUGUAGCACAUAUCCUUUACAAGCCUGCUUGUUGUAUUUGUAUGUGACGGAAUAAUAAACCCUAUGGCUUCCAUCGUGUCUUCCCUGAGCGCUGGGAACGAGGUGGCCCUACAGAAGUUCUUCUCCAGUCGUGUUUGUUUUCAUCUUCUGUACAAGAGCAGUCAUCAUGGAGCCACUGUUAACCAGCUCCUCGACAGGUUUGACAAACAUGGGAAGUAUUUGCUCACAGUAUUUCUGCAGUCGGGGUCAGUCAGAGGCGCUUUCAUGAGUAAACCUCUGAUGUAUGGAAAUGAAUACUCAGAUGAAGAAGUGUUUGUGUUUAAAAUGACGGAUUACUACGGCAAACGGUUUCCAGGGUUAAACUAUACCAGAACUUUCACUGUUAGUGUAGGUUCAGUUUCUGUCUCUUUUGGAAAAGGCUUAAACCUAAAACUGGUGAAUGGUUGCUGGUACGAGAGCUUCUGCUCGGAUGUGGUUCAUGGUAAAAUAGGACUAGAGGAUGACAAUGUUUGCUGCAAAGAUGUGGAACUGCACCGUGUCCAAGAUGUAGGGGAUAUUUUACCCAACCCUUGGAGAGAGGUGUCCUGGUAUGAUACAUCAAGGGAGAAUCUGAGGAAGGAUUUUGUCUCGUACAACCUGUUGUUGGAGUCUCUACCCCGGGUGAAGGCUUUACUCUUGGGCCCAGUGGGUUCUGGAAAAUCCAGCUUCAUCAGCUCUAUCAGAUCCACAAUGUACAAUCGCAUUGUACAUCUGCCCAGCAUCGGCACAGCAGUGGAGGGGUUCACCCAGAAGAUGACAACCUAUGACAUUCGGGUAAACCAGCGAGGUCCUCAGAGUGUUCUGAGCUUCUGUGAUGUGAUGGCAAUAGGAGACGAUGACUCUACUGGUCUCUCUUUCUCUGAUGCACUGGCUGUCAUCAAAGGCCACGUCCCGGAAGGAUACAAGUUCCAGAGAGGUGUUACAGUCAGUGAUACAGUAAGUGGCUACAUAGCAAAUCCCACCCUGAAUGAGCAGAUUCACUGCGUCCUCUUUGUGCUUGAUGCCUCCAAAGUGACAUCGUACCCCAGCGGCCUGGAGUCCACGCUCAAGAAGCUGCACUCCACCAUAUCGGACAUGCGUAUCCCGCAGCUGAUUUUGCUCACUCAUGUGGACCAGGUGUGUCUGGCAGUACAGAAAGACCUGAAGGAUGUCUACUCCAGCCGAGCUGUGCAGGAUAAGAUGCAGAAAGCAGGAGAGUUGGUAGGAUUGCCAUUGUCCUACGUUCUGCCAGUGAAGAACUACGUUUCCCGGCUGACAGUGGACUGCAGCACCGACAUCCUGCUCCUGAGUGUGGUUAUGAGCAUCCUACAGGCUGUGGACGACACAUUUGAAGACCAGUACUCUAAUCCUGUCUUUAAAUCAACCUAUGAUUUAGACAACUUUCAGACAAUGAAGAAAUGAGUAACAGCGUGUAGAAAACUUGCAGUGGCACUUAUAAUGAAUAAAUAUGUGUUAAGGCUUUUUCUUCUAUACUUCUAUAAAACGAAUGCCACAUGCAUUCAUAUUAUUUAUAUUCAUAAUUAUAUCCUCAAUAUCUGAAUAAAGUACUACACUAUCACUACACAGCGCAGUAAAAAGCAAAGUAGCACUAAACACCUACAAGCACUAAUAUAUGACAAUAUUUCAAACAUUUUCAUAUAUAACUAUAUACUUAUACAUCGGUGUUGGAUCCUGGCACGAGAGAGACAGGCAGCCACCCAGGGUGCCAUCAUUCCAGGGGUGACACGUGACAACUGCACAAAAAUAUCAGAUACUGAGUUAAAUGCGCAGUCACUCUUCCAUCAUUCAUCUGUGAGACACUGAGGUCAUGUCACCAUAUUGGGCAUUUAACUUCCUUGUCUUCCUUGUCAUCAUAUCCUAUUUGUGUUGCUCCUAAGUAGCUGGGUGGAGCAGGGGGAGGUUUAAUUAUCAAUAGUUCAUCUCUAUCUUUGUACAGUACUUACGUUCAGUUGAUAAAUCACAUGAUGAAUGCAAGCAAAUGAUGCAAGCAAAUGAACCUCUGUUCUUGAUAUAGCAUACAGAAUCUGACAUAAUCCUGCUCAACGUUUUCUUAAUAAAGCAUACCAAAUGAAUAUAAGGA